AUGAGCCCUUUGGCUCCUAUUCUGCUGCUUUUCGCGCUUUUGAGCCUCCAAAGGGCCCCUGCUGCAGCCCGCAGACUAGCAGGAUACAGCCGAGAAGCUUGCUUGGAGCGCCUUCAGCACCAAUCCCCUUUCCAAAAGCAGAGGCCUCCUUUAAGCGCACCCUGCAGAGGAGCACUUGGCUUUGAGAGCGUUUUGUGGGGUACGUGGCUGCUAGCGCCUCGUGAGCGCCGCAGCCAAAAGGGAAAGCUGGGAGACGCUGAGGCUUCCACAGCAGCGCAGUCUUUCAUUUUACAGCAGCUGCUGCUCCAAGCUGCGGCUCCGACUGCCUGGGAAACCUAUCCAGACUGGAGUCCUCUAACCUUCGAGCUUGAAGGCUUCCCGCUGCGCCUUCGAGCCAGACAGAGCACUGGCGAUGGAGCCUGCCUCUUUGCCUCCGUAGCUGCGGCUCUCUGGGUUGUUUCUUUCGGCGUGCAUGCGGCGUUUCGCUCCGAGGCGCUGUGCAGGGCAGCACAUUCCCUCAGGAAGCUGGCAGUGGACACCUUGACGGACGUCUCCGUGCACAGCUUUGUGAUUGAGGGGCCUGAGAGCGUCAGCCGAGAGGCUCUGCUGCGUCUGGCAGCGCAGCAAUUCGGUUGCUCUCCCCAAGAAUACUGCCGCUGCAUGCGCGAGCGCACGACAUGGGGUGGCGGGCCGGAGAUCUUGGCGCUGGCGCAUGCCCUUGGGCGCCCCAUAGCUGUCUAUACACUCGAAAGCGGAGAAAAACCCGCAGAGGGGAGCCGCAACUGCCGCACUGCGGCUUCUGUCUUGCAGCGGGCUCCCCCCCAGCAAAUCCUGUUGGCGCUGUUGCAGUCGAGGCAGUCGAGGCUGCCAGAGGGCCGGCAACAGCCUUCCCGGCGCCUGCAGCUAUGCAAGGUGUUCGGAUGGACUGAAGGGUGUCAGAAAGCGCCCCUCCAUUUGCUCUUCACGAAUGCCCAAAGCCUCGCUGGAGAGCAUGGCACACCCGAGGCAAAUCACUUUACACCCUUGCACCCCGAGCCUCUGCAGCGUAAUGCUGCUGCGUUCUUAAUCCCCGACGCUCAGGGGGUCUGCUAA